CGAAAUCAUUGGAGAUUGUGUGAAACAUGUGAAUUGUUUACAAAGAAGUAUUUUUCAUUACCAUAUAUUUAUAAACUCAUCCGUCCAUUAACAAUGUACAUGAUCUACUCAUUACAUAAUGAGUGUCAUUAUUGAAAAAUCAUGAAUAGUGCUCUUACGUCUUGUGAAUACUGGGAUGAAUUUGACAAAUGUCAAGCAAAUUUUAUUACUCUCAAAAUAUUCAUGAAUUUCACCUCAACAAUUGGUGGAUCUAAUGAAUCUCAAAGAUCUGAACAACAAAAGACUUACAAAAGCCCUUUGCCGCCUGAAAUACAAAUGAACUGAGACUCACAUCAAACCAAUAAACCUAAUGAGAUUGCUGUAAAAGCCAUGAGAUUAUGUUGGAAAAAUCCACAGCCAAACCCCUAACCCUGGAGCUAAUGAAAAACUUCUUCAGACGUCGUGAAAACUCAAGAAAUUCCCAAAGAAACGAUAGAAUCGGUUCCCUAGGUCUGAUCCAGCACUCCCGUCCCUCGUACCUUCCAGCAAAAAAUCCAGACGAAGAGACAAAACACCAGAAGGAACAUGACGAGAUUCUGGAGUCGGUGCGAAGACGCGAGACACAGGCGGAGAAAGAGAGGAAUAAAAAACGCGAGGAGAGAUAUAAAGAGGAGGAGAGACUCCUGGUGGACUCCAGACUGUGGACCAGUGAUAUUCUUCCGAAUUUUGAACAGUUGAGAUUGUCGAGGGAAGUGCAAGAUCUCUGGUGGAGAGGAUUGCCCCCAAGCAUUCGAGGAAGGGUCUGGAGAUUGGGGAUCAGCAAUAAAUUGAAUAUUCAAGGUGAUAUCUAUCGUAAUUGUCUUAACGAACUGAGGGAGAAGGUCAAUCACGAGUCCUUGGUGGCUAUCAGGCUCGAUGUCUCCAGGACUUUUCCCGUUCUUUGCGUUUUCCAGGAGGAGGGACCCCUGAAUGAACCCUUGCGCAGUGUUUUAGCUGCGUACUGUGUCUACAGGCCUGAGGUAGGAUACGUCCAGGGGAUGAGCUUCAUCGGUGCUGUUUUAACAUUGAAUAUGGAACCGCAUGAUGCAUUCGUCUGCUUCUCUAAUCUUCUGGAUAAUCCUUGCCAUAAAGCAGCGUUUACCCUUGAUCAGAGACAGAUGAAUGUCUAUUACGAGGUUUUUGCAGCAGCUCUGCUGAAAAAUCUGCCAAGAGUUCAUGCUCAUUUCAUCUCAUCCGGAUUGAGUCCUGAUUUUUAUCUACUGGACUGGGUUUACACAAUUUAUGCCAAGGCCAUGCCCUUGGAUGUUGCCUGCAGAGUCUGGGAUGUCUUCGUUAAAGAUGGAGAUGAGUUUCUCUUCAGAACUGCUCUGGGGGUCUUGAAUCUCUACCAGGAGGAACUCUUGGGGAUGGAUUUUGUGAGGUGUGCACAGUUUUUGACGAAAUUGCCUGAGAAUCUUCAGGCUAGUCAGUUAUUUGAGAGCAUUGGGGUGAUGACUGUCUGUCCAGGGGGUGGCAAUUUCCAGAAAAUUAUUGAUGACGUCUCCAGGGGAAAUUCAUGAAAACUCCAAUGAAUUCAAUCAUCUUUUCCUACUGGAGUGAGCACAAACAAUCCAGCAAUACUUUCAGUUGAAGAUCGCAAAGACAUUGUUUAUAGGAAAUUAUUUACGUUACGUUAAAAGACAAAUAAAUUAUAAAUUCUCUUGAAUACUAUUCUAGUUAAUUUUAGAAGGAAAAAUAAGAAAAAUGUAUCUUCCCGUUUAGGCUGCAACUGCCGAUGCGGAUAUCUCGGAAGGUUCAUUUGAAUUAUUUUUUUUUAUUGUUAAUACUCUGGAUUAUUUACUCUCAUACAAAAUAGAUAUUAUCGAUCACUUUGUAUUAGGUGUUGAAUAAUUUUUUGAUUUUUUUACAUUUAAUAAAAAAGCAUUCAUAUUUUAA